GACACACGCACGAGCCGGGUGCCUGAGCGAGGGAGCGAGAGAUCGAGGGAGGGAGGGAGGAAGGACAGGUGGAAGGGAAGGUGCGGAGAAAGAGAGAGACGCCAAGUCAGACGAGUGACAGCUGAAGAAAAAAGAAGAAAAAGGGUGGAUAAUGAUGAUGACAGUUGAGAGGGAGAGAAAGGACAGGCAGAUGGGGGAGGUCUGAUUCCAGAGCCAUAGUAACAGAGCAGAGUGGAGAAGAGAGGAGAGGAGAGGAGAGGAGAGGGAGAGGGAGAAAGAGAAGGAAGACUUCUUCUGAGCACCACCAAACCAGGGACUCAAGUGCAAUUACUAACCAAGUGAGCAAGAGAGCGCACGCAAGAAGAGAGGGGGGGGGGAGAGCGGGAACCAUAAAGGAACGCACAGUGACAGAGGAAAAGAGAGAGAGAGAGAGACACACACACAGUGGGGGGAAACAAAACACUGUGGUGAGUGUGGUACAAAGUGACAGCAGGGUUUAGGGGAAGCGGAGAAAAUUCCAGGAGGACACAACAGGCAAAGAAAAUGGAAGUAAGGAAAAGCACAUCAGAAGCUGGUCUUCAGCAACCACCACUGGACAAGAACACUUGAGGAGAGGAACCCAUCGCCUGGUAGUGUUGGGGCACGUGGGGUGCACUGUCCCUUAUUGCUUCUGCUUUCCAUCCACUUGUACAGAGCAAAGGAGGAAGAGGAGAGGAGAGGAGAGGAGAGGAGAGGAGAGGAGAGGAGAGGAGAGCCAUGGGUGCCCAGUGAAGCUGCCGAGGGGGGUCUUUCUCUCUCACACACCCGCUGCCUGCUGCUCUGGUCAGGGAAAAGAUCUCGGCGUCCCGGGGGGGCUGGUCACUGAGCCCCAGAGGAUAGAGGAGGGUCUACCACCCAACAUCAGCAGCACCUGUGAGACGCGUCCGGCUGAAAACUGGCCAUGGGGGAGUGGACCAUCCUGGAGCGCCUCCUAGAGGCCGCUGUCCAGCAGCACUCGACUAUGAUUGGGAGGAUCCUGCUGACAGUGGUGGUGAUCUUCCGCAUCCUAAUCGUGGCCAUCGUGGGGGAGACGGUGUACGAGGAUGAGCAGACCAUGUUCAUCUGCAACACCAUGCAGCCCGGCUGCAACCAGGCCUGCUACGACAAGGCCUUCCCCAUCUCGCACAUCCGCUACUGGGUCUUCCAGAUCAUCCUGGUGUGCACCCCCAGCCUGUGCUUCAUCACCUACUCCGUGCACCAGUCGGCCAAGCAGCGCGAGCGCCGCUACUCCUUCCUCUACCCCAUGCUGGAGCGGGACUACGGACGGGAGGGGGCUCGCCGCCUGCGCAACAUCAACGGCAUCCUGGUGCAGCACCCGGACGGGGGAGGGGGGGGGAAGGAGGAGCCCGACUGCCUGGAGGUGAAGGAGAUCCCCAACGCGCCGCGCGGCCUCACGCACAGCAAGAGCUCCAAGGUGCGGCGGCAGGAGGGCAUCUCGCGCUUCUACAUCAUCCAGGUGGUGUUCCGCAACGCACUGGAGAUCGGCUUCCUGGCCGGGCAGUACUUCCUGUACGGUUUCAGCGUGCCGGGUAUCUUCGAGUGCGACCGCUACCCCUGCCUGAAGGAGGUGGAGUGCUACGUGUCGCGGCCCACUGAGAAGACGGUCUUCCUGGUGUUCAUGUUCGCCGUGAGCGGCAUCUGCGUGGUGCUCAACCUGGCCGAGCUCAACCACCUGGGCUGGCGCAAGAUCAAGGCGGCCAUCAGGGGCGUGCAGGCGCGCCGCAAGUCCAUCUGCGAGAUCCGCAAGAAGGACAUGUCCCACCUCUCCCAGCCGCCCAACAUGGGCAGGACUCAGUCCAGCGAGUCGGCCUAUGUCUGAGCGCCCCUGCCCGGGCCUUCCUCAGGAGGGAAGCAGGCGGUCAGGGGCAGUGGACACAGCGGGAUGAAUGGGUGGACGGGUGAAUGCAACAACGGAAUGUAAAAUGAGGCGGGGAUGGAGGAGACCCACUGGAGCCUUGGCUAAGAUUGUCUGUGUGACAGAGGGGGGUAGAUGGAAGGGCAGUGAGCUGUGAAACACCUUAUUCCCUAAGAUGGUGCGACUGGCACCGGCUGGCUCAGCCAGGGGAAGGUGUUGACUGAAUUCAUCAUUCAAAGUGUGCGAGACUGAGGCCAUGACAGCUGAAGCCAUUUCAGCAUUCCCCCAUUUCCAGCGUGGGAGGGAACGAUGGAUAAACACGUUAGAGAGAGGUAGAAAGAGAGAUGGAGAGCGAUUGAGAGAGAGGGAAGGAGAAGGAGGUGAGAGAGGGCUAUUUUAUUUCCUCCCCAGGGAUCGAGGCUCUGGAUAGCCUCAGGGUCCUGGACAGGAAGGACAGAAGGAUGGGAGAGCGGAAAGGCUGUCUGUAGGAAGCUGAUAGACGUCCGCUCCACAAAGCUGCUCGACAGGAACAACAGCUAACGCCACGACCUCCUCUUCCCCUCUCUCUUUUUCAUUCCCCCUCUCUUUCGACCCCUCCUCUUUCAUCUAGAGAGAGAGAGAGAGAGAGGGAGGAGGUUGGGGGAGGGGCACAGGAGAAUGGACAGGACAGGACACUGUCCAAGUCCAGUGUUGCUGUUAUGGUGCUUGUGCCAGAAGAAAAAUACUGUUUGGGUUAUGUCUCCUGGCAAUGACUUGUAUUAUCACAAACAAGAGAAGGAGAUAUAAACACCCUUAACAGACUCUUCUCCUCUGGCAUCUAUUCCACUCACCACCUGUUGGACACCACGGGCAAACAAAGUCCUCUUGCUUUCAUUCUUUCUUUCUUUUUUGAACCCAACAUUUCUUUCUUAAGACUCUGAACAGAAACCUUGAAAUGGCACAAAAAACUUUACCUCAGCACACGUCAAGCUUCUCUCGUGCAGUCCAGCUGUCUGUCUAACUGUGCAUUCCUUCCUCUUGUACUGCGAAUGAAUAUGUUUGUGUAACUGUGGGUUUGUGUGUGUGUGUGUGUGUGUAUGUAUGCGUGCGUGUGUGUGUGGAGUGAGUUUUUGGAUGUGUCUGUGUCAGAGAGCCAUUUCCAACAAUACAACAGAGGUUAUAAAAAGUUUAAUUGAGCACUAAUUUAUUUGUUUUUUUUCAUUACUCUUGUGUGACUGUGCCAUCCUUUGACAUGACCACAUUUCUGAGAACUGCUGUAUAUCAUUUCACAUUUAGAUACAAGAACAUUCAUUUACCUGUUAAGACUUAAAGUAAAAUAUCAAGGUAUGAUUGUGGACAAAUGGAUUUUCAUUUUUUUUUUUUUAUUAAUUGCUCUUUUGUUUUCAAAGCUCUGUUUCUAAACCAUUUGUUUUUUGAGAAACAUGUUUGCUUUUUUUUUAAAGAAAUACUAGGGUAUUUGAAAAAAGCAUGUUUUUUAAGAUAACACUACUUGUUAAAAUGGAAACCUAUUUGUCAAGGAUAAUUGCUCAGAAGGGGGAUUGACCCUGUUUUUUUUUG